GACAACUAAUUGCAUCAUUAAUUUAAAAACUCCUUUUAUCGUCGUCGUCAUAUCGUCAUCUAAUCUUGACAUUACAAAUUGAAUUGAAUCACAACAAUGAAUCAUAUUAAUAAUACUGUUAAUGAUAAUGUGAAUGUGAAUAAUUCACAUUCAUUGAAAUUAGAUUUAACCAUCAAAGAAUUACUUGGACAAAAGGAUGCAUUACUCAAAUUAGAACCAGAAUGGAUUGAAAAAUUUACCGAUCAUCUGGAAACCAAACUGACCAAACAAUCCGAAUUUUCAAUAAAAAUUGGUUAUUUUGAAACAAAUGAAAAAAUAGGAUUAACUCCGGUGGAAUUGGAUCAAUGUUUAAAGCAAUUGAAUGAAUUAGCAACGACAAUUGGUGCCAAUCUAAUACAUUUAUGUCGAAAACAAUUGAAUUCAUCCAAUUAUUUUGUUGAUGAAUGUUUAAUACGUAGACGAUCACAAUUGGAUGAUUUUCAUGAAAUUCGUGUCGCUGUUGUUGGUAAUGUUGAUUCCGGUAAAAGUACAUUGUUAGGUGUAUUGACUCAUUGUGAAUUGGAUAAUGGUCGAGGUCUGGCGCGACAACGAUUGUUUCGACAUAAACAUGAAUUAGAAACAGGUCGUACAUCAUCGAUUGGUAAUGAUAUACUUGGGUUCGAUAGUUCGGGUAAUGUUGUCAAUAAACCAUCCACACAUGGUAAUAGUCAACAAUGGUCAAAAAUUUGUGAAGAAUCAUCCAAAGUGAUAACAUUUAUCGAUUUAGCUGGACAUGAAAAAUAUUUGAAAACAACAAUUUUCGGCAUGACUGGUCAUUCACCUGAUUAUACAUUGUUGAUGAUUGGUGCAAAUGCCGGUAUUGUUGGAAUGACCAAAGAGCAUUUGGGCGUCACAUUAGCCUUGAAUAUACCGGUAUUUGUUGUCAUAACCAAAAUCGAUAUGUGUCCUGGAAAUAUUCUGCAAAACACAUUAUCAUGUUUAAAAAAAGUUCUCAAAUCACCUGGUUGUCGAAAAAUUCCAAUUAUUGUUGAAAGUGAUGAAGAUGUUGUUAUUUCAGCAACGAAUUUUGUUUCCGAACGUUUAUGUCCCAUCUUCCAAGUAUCUAAUGUUGAAGGAACUAAUCUACAUUUUUUGAAAAAAUUUCUAAAUCUUCUCAAUUCAAGAGCACCGAAUCAUGAUAAUUGUUUAGCUGAAUUUCAAAUUGAUGAAGUAUACACAGUGCCGGGUGUUGGUACAGUUGUUUCGGGAAUAUCACUUAAAGGUAUUAUCCAUACUAAUGAUACUUUGCUGCUUGGACCGGAUUCGCUUGGAAAUUUCAUACCGGUUGCAAUCAAAUCAAUCCACCGAAAACGUUUACCAGUUAAAGAAGUUCGAAGCGGUCAAACAGCAUCAUUUGCAUUGAAAAAGAUAAGAAAAAAUGAAAUUCGUAAGGGUAUGGUUAUGCUUUCACCAUUGCUCAAUCCAAAAUCAUAUUGGGAAUUUGAAGGUGAAAUAUUGGUACUACAUCAUCCGACCACAAUUAGUGCUCGAUAUCAAGCUAUGGUUCAUUGUGGCAGUAUUCGACAGACAGCUCAAAUUUUAUCAAUGAGUCAAGAUUGCCUACGUACCGGUGAUAAAGCAAAAGUUCAUUUUCGUUUUAUAAAAAAUCCCGAAUAUCUUAAUCUAGGUAUGAAGUUAAUAUUUCGUGAAGGAAGGACGAAAGCAAUCGGAACGGUUACAAAAUUCUUUGGUAUACAUCAUUAUUGGCGUAAUGAAUUGAUUAAAAAAUUAGAUCCAAUUCCGGGUACCCGAUUAUUGGAUGUUGCUGGUGGUACUGGUGAUGUUGCAUUUGAAUUUUUACGCUAUACAAACGAAAGAAAUGAUAGAGAAAGUUCGGUUAUUGUUUGUGAUUUUAGUGAAAAUAUGUUGAAAAUUGGUCAGCAACGAGCCAUAAAAUUCGGUUUUCAUCCGGAUCGUUGUCAAUGGAUGAUUGGUGAUGCUAUGAAUUUACCAUUCGAUUCGGAUUCCUUCGAUGCAUAUACAAUAUCGUUCGGUAUAAGAAAUGUAGUGAAUGUUGAUCGUGCCAUACAAGAAGCAUUCCGUGUUCUUAAACCUGGUGGAAUGUUUUUAUGUUUAGAAUUUUCUAGCCAAGUAAACAAUCCUCUACUGAAAAGCAUUUACGAUUGGUACUCAUUUGAAAUAAUACCAGUGAUGGGUGAAAUAUUAUUAAAUGAUUGGCAAUCAUAUCAAUAUCUAGUCGAAAGUAUUAGGAAAUUUCCUGACCAACAAACAUUUAAAUUAAUGAUUGAAAAGAAUGGAUUUAUAUUGGUUGAUUAUGAUAAUUUUUUAAGUGGUAUUACAUCCAUUCACUACGGUUUUAAGCCAUUAUAA